UGAUUCCCCACUCUGUUCAAUCGGCAACAAAAACAACAGAGAGAGAGAGAGAGAGAGCGAGAGAGAGAGAGAGAGAGAGAGAGAGAGAGAGACAGAGACAGCGAGACAGCAGGGUGUCGUGUAUGCUAAAUGGGGCAACCCGGUCCCAGACCUGAUUGUCCUCAGGGCCAGAUUUAGGCUCCAAUCUUAUCUGAAUGUCUGAGUUUCAACAAGUGUCCCAAAUACACAACACAGCAGUUGUGUAACUGGUUGGCAUCUAAAACUGGACUACAUCAGGACUUUCAAGCUGUAAGGAGAAAGGAGGAAAGUAGAAAUGGAGGUUGAUAUGGAUCUGGAGGACGAAGGCGGUCGCACUCUAGUUCAGGUCAUCAGUGAGAAGUACAACCCUGACAACUUCCCAUACUGCCGUGGACCUGGUGCUGGAGUGGUGAUCCGCACCAGUCCUCAAGGUUCGCCUGUCAAAGAUCGUGUGAAUCUGCCCAGUGUGCUGGUUCUGGAUGGCUGUGGAAUAAGUCAGGCUGGAGACGAUGAGGAAGUGGCUACGUUCUGCGCUCAUGUGGUGGAGUUGGACCUGUCUCACAACCAGUUCAAAGACUGGGGAGAGAUCAGUAAGAUCUUGUCGAACAUCCCUCACCUGGACUUUCUGAAUCUGAGUAUGAAUCCUCUGAGUGGAUCCAACCUGGAACCUGGAAAUGCAGAAGCUUUCUCAGGCCUCCGCCGCCUCGUCCUCAAUAACACACAGAUCUCCUGGGACAUGGUGCACACGAUCACCCAAGAAAUUCCAGAGCUGGAGGAGCUCUUCCUGUGUCUGAAUGAGUAUGAGCGUGUGAACAUGUCUCGGGUGCCCUGCCCAUCUCUGCGCCUGCUGCACAUUACUGAUAAUCAGCUGCAGGAGUGGAGUGAGGUACGCAAGCUGGGCAUCAUGUAUCCACGCCUGUCAUCACUCAUCCUCGCCAACAACUCACUUUACAACAUCCACGAGGCAGAGGACUCCCUGCAGCGCCUGUUCCCGAAUUUGCGCAGCAUCAAUUUGCACAACUCAGGUCUGAGUAGCUGGGAGGACAUUGAGCAACUGAAUUCUUUCCCAAAGCUGCAGGAGGUCCGUCUGAUGGGCAUUCCACUACUGCAGCCCUACACGGACCAGGAGAGACGCUAUCUCAUUGUAGCACAUUUGCCUUCUGUGACCAUUUUGAAUGGCAGUGUGGUGACAGACGGAGAAAGAGAGGAUGCAGAACGCUUUUACAUCCGUUACCACCUGGACUGCCCUGAAGAUGAAUUACCACAGAGGUUCCACACACUCAUGGCACGUUACGGUCGCCUGGAGCCUCUGGCAGAGGUGGAUCUGCGUCCGCUGAGCUGUGCCCAGGUCGAGAUACGUUUCGGUGACCACAGUAAACAGCUGGAGCUCCGGCUGGACCAGACCGUUGCCGACCUGAAGAAACAGCUCAGGCCUGUCAUACAGCUGCCAGCCAACAAGAUGCGCGUCUACUACAUCGACAGGCAGCUGGGAUAUGCACUAGCACCUCAGGAGCUAAAAUACGGAGGACGAGCCCUCCAUUCCUACAGCAUACGGGAUGGAGAUGAGAUCCUGGUGGUGCCCAAGACUCAGUGAAGCAAGAGAUACAAUCAGCUGGACUACGAUUAGAAAAAGGGACCAGAUGAUAAUAAAUCAUUUUAAACUCUUGA